CGAGUCGAGACAGACGCGCCGAACGGCCAAUGGGCGCGCGCUCUGCCUUCUCCGAGAGGAGGGGAGUAUCCAGGGGCUGUGCCCAAUGAGGCGGCGACCGGAGCGGGACUUCCUUCAGGGAUCCCGCUAGAAGAAGAGAGAGAGAGGGAGAGAGAGAGAGAAAGCAGCCCGGCAGCAGAGGUGACACGUAAGUGCGGAGAUUGAAUGGUGUCCCCCCCACAAAAAGCGAAGGCGGAGAACCGGAGAAGAAAAGCUUCCUUUUGGGGCAGUUUAGCAACAACAACAACACACAUACACACACACAAAGUAACUUUGACGGGAAAAGGCUCUAUAUUGAAGAGCCUCCUUGCCUUGGUCGAAGAGACUCUCUCGCCUUCCACCCAUCCCUGCCGAAGCGAGUGGGGGGGAGGGGGUGCUGGGCAGAAGAGCCCCUCCAGACCGUCCCUUGCAGCAACGCUGGCUGAUGGUUCACCUUGAAAUCGGCAGAAGAAUUGGUGAAGCAAGGACGAGCCUGCCUGGAGAUGUCCCGUUUCUUCUGAACUUGCAUCUUCUCCGAGCCGUGCUUGGGGACUCCUUCCUUUCGGAUGCUCGGCUGAACCGACCCUGCCUUCGCCUGAUCUCGGUCUCCUGGGAACCUGCAGCUCUUGCCAAGCUGGCUUGCCUAUCUAUGACCUUGAAUUCCUGGCAGGGGUUGUAAUAAGCUGGUUGUAGGUUUACACCAGGGCCUAUGGCAGCAGCUGUGCCAGGACUUCCUAGUCCCUGAGGUCUCUUCCCUGGUUCAUGUUGUGGCCUGAGGCAGCUGAAGUCCUAGGUGGACCUCGACUUGGAUUCCCACCUCCAAGGUAGGGACUAUGGGAAACGGGAUGUGUUCCCGAAAACAGAAGCGGAUCCUCCAGUCUCUCUUGCUCCUCACCGUGGUGUUUGGCUUCAUCUAUGGGGCGAUGCUGUACUAUGAGUUGCAGAACCAGCUGAGGAAGGCUGAGGCUGUGGCCCUCAAGUACCAGCAGCACCAAGAGUCCCUCUCAGCACAGUUGCAAGUGGUGUAUGAACAUCGAUCACGACUAGAAAAAUCUUUACAGAAAGAAAGGCUUGAACAUAAGAAAGCAAAAGAAGACUUUCUUGUUUAUAAAUUAGAAGCACAAGAAACAUUAAAUAAAGGAAGGCAAGAUUCCAAUAGCAGAUACAGUGCACUGAACAUACAACAUCAGAUGCUGAAGAGCCAGCAUGAAGAACUAAAGAAACAGCACUCAGAUCUGGAAGACGAGCACAGGAGACAGGGAGAUGAUUUCAACCGAGCAGUCGAUGACCACAAGCAGAAAUAUGUGCAGUUACAGCAAGAAAAGGAGCAGGCGCUGUCCAAGUUAAAAGAAUCCAUGUACAAUCUGCAAGAAGAAAACAGACAAUUGAGGAGAUCCCAUCAGGAUAUUCAUACUCAGCUGCAAGAUGUGAAGUUUCAGCAUAAGAAUUUAAUCUCCCAACACAACCAGCUUGUAAUGACACUGGAAGAACACAAGAGCGCACUAAAAGCUGCGCAGUCUCAGGUGGAAGAAUACAGGCAGUUGAAGGACACCUUAAAAAAGAUGCCCAGUUUCCAGAAACCUGAAACAUUUGAAUCGCCACAUGGUUUGCCUGUGACACCUGUGCCUUCUCCUCUGAGUGAUUCCAAAACACAGGGCACAGAUGCUGCUAAAGAGCAAAAAGAGAUUAUGCAAAAUGGUGAGCAAUCACAAGGGGAAGAAGAAGCUAUUAAAGUAAACCCUAGGAAAGGAAGAGAACAGACAGCAGAACUUUUUCAUCCUGACAGAAAAGUGAUGGAAGGUCAUGGGCCACGGGAAUUAAAUAUUCAGGAAAAGCAAGAAGCAGGAGAAGAUGAGGAACAACAUGCAGAGCAAGAUGAAGAAGAGCAGAAAAAAGAAUUAGAAGAAGAAGAAAUGGAGCAAGCUGGGCAACCAGAACACUUAACAGAUGAUCUUGAUCAAAUCCCUGAAGACCAUGAAUGGAAGGACAAAGAACAGACUGACGAGGAAACCAACACAGUUGGAGAACACAACCAUUCACAGGAGCCACCCACCGCAAAGAUUGUAACAAAGUACAAGUCGCCUUAUGAGCAGCAGCUGGAGCAACAGAAGCUGGCUGCCCAGAGAGAAGAAGAAGCCAGCCGCCUAAGAGACCAUCAGGAGGCUCUGCAUCACGAGAGGCUUCAGGAGCAGUUGCACCGGCAGCAGCAGCUUCAAGAGAGAGAGCUGAUGCUGCAGAGACAGGCUGAGCAGGACGAAGAACAAUUUAAGCAACAACUCAGCCAGCAAUCCCAUUAUGACAAUGUAGAUCAGGAUAUCGUGCAAGGAGGAGAAGGAGUUGUACACGAAGAAGAUGAAAAUUAUGAGAGACAUAACCAGCAUCCAAGAAGAGUAGAUGAUGAUGAUGAUCAGAAUAAUGCAAAUGAGCAACAGGAUCCAGAACUGGAGCACCAGUCAGAGAACGAGCAAAAUGAAGAGCCAAAGACAGUCAUGGAUGAUAUCAACCCAGCUGAUGAUCCCAACAACCAGGGAGAAGAUGAAUUUGAAGAAGCAGAGCAAGAGAGGGAAGAGAAUCUCCCUGAAGAGAAUAAGGAGCUAAAACCAAAUAACCAGAAACAAGCAAAUUCUGAAAUGGAAGACCAUUUGGUGGUGGUGGGCAAUCCGGAUCAACAGGAAGACAAUGUGGAUGAGCAGUACCAGGAAGAGGGAGAAGAAGAGGCCCAAGGAGAUCUACCCGAAGAGAAGAAAAGGGGGCUGGAACACAAUGGUGAAGAUCCAUAUGGUGAAAAUGAUGAAAAUGCUGAAGAAAAGAUGAGCGAAGGAGUUGAUCAAGAGGAAGACAUUCAGGAAGGGAAGCAACAGAAAGAAGGCCAUGAUGAAAACUAUGAGGAAGAGGAAGAGGAAGAAGAGGAGGAUGGUGCUCCUGCUGCAGAUAAAAGCCGCAGGCGAGGGGAAAUGUAAUUCUGGGAUUGUUUCCUGACAUUACGUGAAAGAAAAAGGGACGAGAGUAAGAGCAAAAUUGUGUAGAUUCUAGAGGGGGAAAAAAUGAGCCUUUUAACAAAAAUGAAUAUAUUAUAUUUUUUUAUUGGAGGUUUUUGUGCAUUUAUAUGAAUACAGUAUUUUUAGGUUGCAUUCUUAAUAUAAGUUUUAUGGAACAAAAAAAAUAGAAUAGGAAAAGUAUUGUUUUUUCUUUUCUUUUUUUUUCUUAAUUUUUUUAUGAUGCCUUUUUUUUAAAAAAAGGGCUAUGUGUGUUUUGUUUUUGCAUUGUCCGUAUAGUGAGAAGCCAAGGUACGGUAUUCUUUAAGCCAACAAUAAAACUAGUGCCUGAGCUUGAAGCUUGAGGAAGGACUGACUGCUCCCAUAUCUCAAUUCAUUCAUUCUGUGAGCCUGUUGCUGACUUGUCCUGUGUUCAUUUUGGCUAGAAUCAGUUUGCCUAAGUGUCAUUGAUUCAGAUGUUGUUAGCACAGAUUUAUAACAGCUAUGUUGGCAUAUUUCAAAAGGCAUAGCAACAGGGGAAUGCUUGAGCUGGUGUCAGAUCAGAGUGUAAAAUUCACUUCAAUGUUUGUAGGCUGACUGUUAUCCUUCUGUCCCUCCUUAUGAACUUCCCAGUGCUUGGCCAUCAUAUGACACAGAAUGCUAGUCUAGAUGAUUGGUUGUUCUGAUCCAGCAGGGUAACGUUUAUGUUUGAUCCUGCCUUACAUGCCCUAGUUCUUUCUUCAGGUGUGUUAGGAUUGCAACUGGGUAGAAAUUUUAUAGGACUUAUAGCCAUAACUCAACUAGAUGGUAUGAAGCUGAAAAAGCUGCCUUAACUCAAGAUUGGUUGUCAUCCAUUGAUGAAGAUAGAAUGUCCUGACUCUUUCACUGACUUGUUUUCAUUAUCUGUGAAAGCUCACAUUUGAAAACUAUGGAAAUUGCUUCUGAGUGGACCUGUAUACAUUUUUGUUAUUAGAAACUCCCAUUUUUGUCUAAUUUAAAAGGUGAUGUGUAUAUGUGAAUCUCUUCUUUCUCUGGUUUAUUUGCACUCAAUCAUACUUUGUUUUCACCAUUGCCUAAUUUAUAAAAAGUCACAUUGGACUUUUAAGGUUUUUUUAAAAUAGCUUUCUCUCAAGGCUUUUUUAUUACCAUGAUUCUCCAAGAAUCUGAAAACCUUCAUCUUGGUUAUAUCAAAAUUCAGAAUACAGGAAGUAUUUUAGGCAUAUAAAAAACUAGUGUGUUGGGAUUCGUAGAGUCAUACAGGAGUGAAAGUAUUUUUAUAUUUUUCCUUGUUGAGUAUCUUGGUCCAAAAUUCCAGAUGGCUGUUCUUUAUUGCACUGGAUUUUAGCCCAGAUUUGUUAGCCCUGUCACCCAUCUACCAUCUGAAACAGUACAGCAUAGACACAAGUUAAUCACUUAGUUUAGGCAUGGAAAACUUUUGCCCUGGUGUCUAAUAUGCCAUAUGUUCUCUAUUCUACUCUACAAAGCUUCCUUUGCACACCCCUCCGUUAUCCAUGCUCCCUAUUUUUAAUGCAGUCUUUCUUGUUUUGUUUAACUUUUAGUGGAUGUUUCUAGUAAUCAUACUUACAAGAGAAUCAGAUAUUCUUUCCCCAGAUAUUCUAGUCUUAAGUUGACUUUUUCCAUAUGCCUGUUUUGAGCCAACUGUGAAACAAAAAAAAAAAGAACAUGUGGAUAGCUAAAGGGAGCCUUUGGCCAACUCUCUUGCUUUAUCCAUGCUUGUGUUUCUGAUGUCAAGUUCUUAAUAACUUCCAGAAUGAUCUUGGAGCAACUUUAUUGUUCCUUAGUGUUAGGAAACAGGGGCAGUUUCUUUUGAAUCUGCUCAUCUUUGGAACUAAAGUAUGAGAACUGCAUAUCAACUGACCAAUCGGUGUCACAAUUGGAAACAGAAUGAAGCUUUCAAAUACUCAUAGACAUUCCUGUCUUCUUCAAUUAUUAGACUUGCUUUGAUUAAUCAAUAGUGCUUACCUCAUGCACUUGCUGAUGGAAUAAUCAAUAUACAUUAAUAUGUGCAUGCACAGAAGGUAAUAGUACCUGUACCACCUGAUGCUAUAAGGGUCACAAAUGCUGCGCAACUACCUGGGAAAUCAAAGAUUGUUCCCAAACAAUAUAUACUAUGAACUCCAUCAUGGUAACAUAUUCUAUGCAGAUCUUGGAAAGAAGACUUUCUCCUCCCGUGCCGUAGAGCCUUGAUGAAGAUUCCAUUCCAAAAGCCUUUUCCUCACUGUAAUUCUCCACCUUAUCUUUUGCACAGGAGAGUGAGUUUCUUUCACAUAUUCACAUUGGGGAAAAUUUCCAAGUCCAAGGUUUAUGUUUGUGCUGUUUGUCAAAUGUUUGUAACUUGCAGUAUAUGCACAUAUACACAUACAAACCUAUAUCCUUUUAAUUAUGGCGGUCUUCCCCAACCUAGGCAUGCAGAUGUUGGACUUCAGUUCCCAGAAUUCCCCAUCUUAGCAUGGCUGUUGCUGAGAGGAGUUUGAAUCAAAAAAUUGGGAAGAUUCCUUCACACACAGGCCGAUUGGAUAUCUUCUGGAACAGUGUUUCUCAAACGUGGCAGCUUGAAAAUGUGUCCACUUCGACUCUGAGAAUUCUCCAGGCCGUUGAAGAAAUGAAGUCCACGCAUCUUCAAGUUGCCAAGGUUAAGAAACAAUAUUUCAGAAUGUUUUUCAGAAGCACAAACAUUCUUCAGAUCAGGGGUGAAAUUCCAUUUUAUUUUUUUCUAUCACAGGAAAGAAAAAAUAAUAAUAAUUCAACGCUUGAGAAUCUUUUCCUUUUUUUUGCUUUUAAGAUACACCACAACAACCAUAAUGGAAAAUUUCUUUUAAUCUUUUUAUAUGAAUGUAAUAUAAUUCAUUUUGUACUAACCCGAUGGUAAUUUACUUUUGUAAAUGUUUUGAACCAUAUCUUUAUACAUUUUUUAAAAAGGAUUUUGUGUUAAACAUGGCAUCCAAUUGUAUAUGUAUAACAAUACAAAUCUGAGUUUACUAAUUAAACAAAAUUAUGUUACAGGUGGUGAAAAAAACUUCCCUGUUUACAGUUAUGUAAAGUGUAUGAUAUGUACAUACCCUUUGGAAUACAAAUAUUUUGAUAAAAUUAUGUGUAUUUUUCAUGCCUUGGGACAGUAUUUAAUUUUUCUGAGGCUUUAACUGAAGACCAUCAAUAAAUGGUAGAGUUUGAAAUAA